AUGUCUGCUCUUCUCGCUUCCUCCUUCGUCGGCCGCGUCGCCGCCUUCAAGGCGCAAAAGGUCCAAGCCAAGUCCGUCUCCACGACGGUCAAGGCUGACAUCUACCCGGAAUUCGGCACCUACCCGGGCGGUGGCGAGUCCCCGAUCAUCCCGUUCGGCUCCGAAAAGAACGCCGAGCGUGAAGUGAUCCACGGCCGCUGGGCGAUGCUCGGUGUCACCGGUGCCUGGGCCGCCGAAAACGGCACUGGCAUCCCGUGGUUCACCGCGGGUACCUUGUGCACCCCGGAUGACUGCACGGCCGUCGCCGACAAGUUCCCGGGCGCCGUCGCCCCGCUCGCCCCGGAAGGCUCCGGCUACCCGUCCUUCUGGAACGUGCUCAUCAUCGAGAUCGUUCUCGUUGGCGCCGCGGAAGCGUACCGUACCGGUAUCUCUGACUCUCCGUUCGAUGAUGGCCUCACCGUCGGUGACGUCAACCCGGGUGGACGCUUCGACCCGCUCGGCCUCGCCGAGUCUGGUGACCUCGAAGAGCUCAAGAUCAAGGAGCUCAAGCACUGCCGCCUCUCCAUGUUCGCGUGGUUGGGCUGCAUCUUCCAAGCGCUCGCCACCCAAGAAGGCCCGAUCGCCAACUGGCAAUCCCACGUUGCGGACCCGGUUCACUCCAACGUCCUCACCAACGCGGCCAAGGGCUUCGGCUUCUACUAA